UCUAUAGAAUGCACGCUUAAAGAUAUGAUAAAACUCUGAGGGUGAUAAUAGUUAUAUAAAUGUAUUGCAAUGGUAGAACUUUUUGAAAUUAGUUACUAUCGACUGAAUAAAAUUCUUUUGUCUAUCAUAGGACAAUGGCCAUUUCAAUCAAUCAAGGAAGCUUAUAUUACUUUUAUUAUUAUGAUAGCAUUUUUAUUAUCUCAACUAUAUUUACAGGUUACUUCUAUGUUAAAUUAUUGGCCAGAUAUGGAAAUGGUUGUUGAAAGUCUUUCACCACUUAUAAUCGCCUCAAUAUGUACAGCAAAAAUAAGUAAUUGUAUUAUGAACAAGAAUAAGAUGAAAAAUCUUUUACGAAUAAUGCAAAAUCAUUGGACGUCUUUGAAUGGAAGUUCGGAUAUUAAAAUUUUAAGAAAUUAUGCAAAUGACAGUCAAAAAAUGACAAUGCUUUAUACAAGAAUAUUGUAUGGCGCUCUAGUAGUUUUUAUGAUAGUUCCCACACUUCAGUCAAUCGCAGAAAAUGUUCUACCAGGACGUAAUCAAACAUAUCCCUUGUUAUUUCCAGUUGAUAACGUAGUAAAUGUGGAAAAGUAUCAUAAAAUUUUAUUAAUUCAUUCAUAUGUUAGUACAUUCUAUUUUAUAACGAUUUUAAUAUCGGUUGACACAAUGUUUAUUACGUACGUGACACAUGGCUGUGGGAUGUUUGCAGUGUUGGGGCAUCAAUUAAAAAAUGUAUCACCGAGAAGUAUUCAAAAACCUGAGGAGUGGUGUAAUGAUGCAGAUGAUGAAGUUCAUAGGAAGAUUUUAAUAUAUAUUAAAAAUCACAUAGAAGUUUUACAUUUUGCAGAACUUCUGCAAUCUACAUAUUCAACAAGUUUUCUUUUUCAAAUGGGAAUUAAUAUUGCAGUAAUGAGUGUCACGGGAGUGCAGAUUGUUAUGAAUUUGGAUAAUCCAGACCAAGCAAUGAGAUGGCUCUCAAGUGGUCUGGGUCAAGUUUUACAUUUGUACAUGAAUAGUCUACCAUGUCAACGAUUAAUUGAUCACAGUAUUAGUAUUCAGGAAGCUAUUUAUUCCGCUCCUUGGUACACAUUUCCAUUAAAAACAAGACAUUUGAUAAAAAUAAUUUUAAUGAGAGUAUUUAUUCCUUGUCAAAUAACAGCUGGAAAAUUGUAUGUUAUGUCUAUGGAAAGUUUUAGUGUGGUACUAAAAACAUCAAUGUCUUACUUCACUGUCUUGUUAUCAAUGAGAUAAUAAUUGUAAAAAACAAAAAAUUGGC